AUGAACGGCUCUUUCUCCGAUAAUCAGACAAAGCAAAAAGCAUAUGAUCGCUACUACAAAACGAUGUCAAAAAGCGAUUUCGUUCAAGGUAAGAAGCUGAAGGCGUUGAUUCAACGCGAAACAUUAGACGAUGCAAGCACCGACUCACUUGCGAAUUUGUUUCAGCAAGUAAUGGGGAAGAGUCGCGAGUAUGAGUAUGAUCAAAUCACAAAAAAGCUGCUGAAAGGUCCUAAAGGUCCUCCUGAAAUUAUCAAAGGUGAAGCAAGUGAUACUCCCAAAUCUAGUAAGAAGAAGCAUACAUACGUCCCACAAUCAACCGAUACAGAUGCUAAUAUGGAAAAGCCCACUGCACCUGAAGAAUCAUUCGAGGACUUCUUUAGUGGAGUAAAUGAUGUUGCGCAAAAGGUAGUCAAUACUCGAGCAUACAUUAAAGGAAAAAAAAAUCAUUAA